CCGGCGGGCUGCGCGGCCGGGCGGUUGUCGCGGGCGGUCGCGGGCAGCGGCGGCGGUUCCGGCUGCGGCUCUGCUGGCGGACGGGCGGCGAGCUAAGCGGGCCGGGCGGGAUGCGGAGCCGCCGCCGCGCCCCCGCCACCUGAGAACCUGAGCGUCACCGGGCAGCGCCCGCGCGCGGUCCCCGCGUUCUGAGCGCGCCGCGCGUCCCGGGCGCGGGCCGGGCCCUGCGCCGGCCGCGGCGCGUCUGGGUCCCGGCGGCCCGCCCCCCGCGCGCCGCCUCGCCCGCGCGCCCGCGCUCGGCGCUCAUGCGGGCCGAGCCCCGCCCCCCGGCCGGAGCCCGCCGAGCGCCCCCCCGCGCCAGCGCGCGCCGCUCGCCCGCACCAUGCUCAAGUGCAUCCCACUGUGGCGCUGCAACCGGCACGUGGAGUCGGUGGACAAGCGGCACUGCUCCCUGCAGGCUGUGCCCGAGGAGAUCUACCGCUACAGCCGCAGCCUGGAGGAGCUGCUGCUCGACGCCAACCAGCUGCGCGAGCUGCCCAAGCCCUUCUUCCGGCUGCUGAAUCUGCGCAAGCUGGGCCUCAGUGACAACGAGAUCCAACGGCUGCCCCCUGAAGUGGCCAACUUCAUGCAGCUGGUAGAGCUGGAUGUGUCCCGUAAUGAUAUUCCUGAGAUACCUGAAAGCAUCAAGUUUUGCAAAGCCCUAGAGAUUGCAGACUUCAGUGGGAACCCUUUGUCCAGACUCCCUGAUGGCUUCACACAGCUGCGCAGCCUGGCUCACCUGGCCCUGAAUGACGUGUCCCUACAGGCACUGCCCGGGGAUGUGGGCAACCUGGCCAACCUAGUGACCUUGGAGCUGCGGGAGAACCUGCUCAAAUCUCUGCCUGCGUCCCUGUCUUUCCUGGUCAAGCUGGAACAACUGGAUCUGGGAGGCAAUGACCUAGAAGUGCUGCCGGAUACUCUGGGAGCUCUGCCCAACUUACGGGAGCUGUGGCUGGACCGGAACCAACUGUCAGCACUGCCCCCGGAGCUUGGGAACCUACGGCGUCUGGUGUGCCUGGAUGUGUCCGAGAACCGGCUGGAGGAGCUGCCAGUAGAACUGGGCGGGCUGGCGCUACUCACAGACCUGCUGCUGUCCCAGAACCUGCUGCAGCGGCUUCCUGAUGGCAUUGGUCAGCUGAAGCAGCUGUCUAUCCUGAAGGUGGACCAGAACCGGCUGUGUGAGGUGACUGAGGCCAUCGGUGACUGUGAGAACCUCUCGGAGCUGAUCCUCACGGAGAACUUGCUGACGGCCCUGCCCCGCUCUCUAGGCAAGCUGACCAAGCUCACCAACCUCAAUGUGGACCGGAAUCACCUUGAGGCGCUACCACCUGAGAUUGGAGGCUGUGUGGCGCUCAGCGUCCUCUCUUUGAGGGACAACCGCCUGGCUGUCCUGCCUCCUGAGCUCGCCCACACAGCAGAGCUGCACGUGCUCGACGUAGCUGGGAACCGGCUGCGGAGUCUGCCCUUCGCACUCACUCACCUCAACCUCAAGGCACUGUGGCUGGCUGAGAACCAGGCGCAGCCCAUGCUGCGGUUCCAGACUGAGGACGACGCCCAGACGGGCGAGAAGGUGCUCACCUGCUACCUGCUGCCCCAGCAGCCCCUGCCCGGCCUCGAGGACGCUGGGCAGCAGGGGAGCCCCUCAGAAAGCUGGAGCGAGACCCCUUUGAGCCGCGUCAGUGUCAUCCAGUUCUUGGAGGCCCCAGAAGGCGACGAGGAUGCUGAGGAGGCUGCUGCCGAAAAGCGGGGCCUGCAGCGCCGGGCCACUCCCCAUCCCAGCGAGCUGAAGUUCAUGAAGAGGGGGAUGGAAGAGCGCCGGAGCGAGGCCUACUCUUGCCAGCCAGACCCGGGCCCGUCCUCGCCCUCAGAGGGGGAAAAGAGACUGAGCGCAGAGUCAGCCUCAAGUGGAGGCUCUGGCGCCUCCACCAGCACGGCCUCUGAGGGCGAGCCCGAGGGCCCACUGACUGAGGCACCGCAGCUGGGCCAACAGGAAGCCCCACCACCUAGCCAGGAGGACGACACAGAGGAAGACUAUGUUGAGCCCACAGUACACUUCGCAGAGGAUACACUGCUGCCCAGUGAAGAUGGUGAGAGUGAGGAGGGGCAGCUGGAGGCCCCCUGGCCCCUGCCAGGUGGGAGGCAGCGACUCAUUCGGAAGGACACGCCCCACUACAAGAAGCACUUCAAGAUCUCUAAGCUUCCGCAGCCUGAGGCUGUCGUAGCCCUUCUGCAGGGGAGGCAGCCAGAUGGGGAGGGCCCCGCAGGGCCCGGUACCUGGCACAAUGGCCCCCACAUACCCUGGGCCCCCCGGGCCCAGGAGGAAGACGAGGAGGAGGAGGAAGAUAGAGCUGAAGAGGAAGGCGGGGCCAGCACGGAGGAGGAAGACAAGGAGGAGCCCGUGGCGUCUGCACCUUCCGUCAAGGGGGUGUCGUUUGACCAGGCCAAUAACCUGCUGAUAGAGCCUGCUCGCAUUGAGGAGGAAGAGCUGACACUCACCAUCCUGCGCCAGACUGGGGGCCUGGGCAUCAGCAUCGCAGGGGGCAAGGGCUCCACCCCCUACAAGGGAGAUGACGAGGGCAUCUUCAUCUCCCGGGUGUCUGAGGAGGGUCCUGCGGCCCGUGCUGGGGUCCGAGUGGGCGACAAACUCCUCGAGGUGAACGGCGUGGCUUUGCAGGACGCUGAGCACCACGAGGCUGUGGAGGCGCUUCGAGGGGCGGGCACAGCCGUGCAGAUGCGGGUUUGGCGGGAACGCAUGGUGGAGCCUGAGAACGCAGUCACCAUCACACCUCUGCGGCCUGAGGAUGACUACAGCCCCCGCGAGCGGCGGGGGGGCGGCCUGCGCCUGCCCCUGCUCCAGCCUGAGGUCCCUGGGCCUCUGCGCCAGUGCCAUGCUGCCUGCCUGGUCCGCAGUGAGAAGGGGCUGGGCUUCAGCAUCGCUGGUGGGAAAGGCUCCACACCCUACCGGGCUGGCGACGGGGGCAUAUUCAUCUCCCGCAUUGCCGAGGGCGGCGCUGCCCAUCGAGCAGGCACCCUGCAGGUUGGCGACCGUGUUCUCUCGAUCAACGGGGUGGACAUGACCGAGGCCAGGCACGACCAUGCCGUGUCCCUGCUGACCGCUGCCUCCCCUACCAUCGCCUUGCUGCUGGAACGGGAGACGGGUGGACCACAUCCCUCCAGCCCCCUGCCACAUUCCUCUCCUACCCCCACUGUUGCUGCUGCCACCACCAUGACCACUGCUGCCCCUGGAGAACCUGGGCUGCCCAGGCUGGCCCCUGGCCUCCUGGCCACUGCCCUAGAAGGGCCAUACCCAGUGGAGGAGGUACGCCUGCCGAGGGCUGGGGGCCCCUUGGGGCUUAGCAUCGUUGGGGGCUCGGACCACUCCAGCCACCCAUUUGGUGUCCAGGAGCCUGGUGUGUUCAUCUCCAAGGUGCUCCCACGGGGCCUGGCCGCCCGCUGUGGCCUGCGGGUGGGGGACCGCAUCCUGGCAGUGAACGGGCAGGAUGUUCGGGAGGCCACACACCAAGAGGCAGUCAGUGCUCUGCUCCGGCCCUGCCUGGAGCUGUCCCUGCUGGUGCGGAGGGACCCCCCACCCCCCGGCACGGAGCUCUGCAUCCAGAAGGCCCCUGGGGAGAAGCUGGGGAUCAGCAUCCGUGGGGGCGCCAAGGGCCACGCGGGGAACCCCUGUGACCCCACAGAUGAGGGCAUCUUCAUUUCCAAGGUGAGCCCCACAGGGGCGGCCGGGCGUGACGGCCGGCUACGUGUGGGGCUGCGACUGCUGGAGGUGAACCAGCAGAGCCUGCUGGGCCUGACGCACGCGGAGGCCGUGCAGCUGCUACGCAGCGUGGGCGACAGCCUCACCGUGCUCGUCUGCGAGGGUUUUGACACCAGCACCACUGCGGCCUUGGAGGUGUCCCCAGGUGUCAUUGCCAACCCCUUUGCAGCAGGCAUCAGCCACCGGAACAGCCUGGAAAGCAUCUCUUCCAUCGACCGGGAGCUGAGCCCUGAGGGCCCAGGCAAGGAGAAGGAGCUGCCCAGUCAGACCCCACACUGGGGACCUGAGACUGUGGAAGCCACGGGCCAGAGUCUGGAGCCCCUGAAGCUGGACUACCGUGUCCUGGCUGCUCUGCCCAGCUCUGGCAGUGUGCAAAGGGUACCAUCUGGGACAGCAGGAGGGAAGAUGGCUGAGGCCCCCUGCUCCCCUGGAGGCCAGCAGACAAAACCCGGGGUGAUCCAGCCUUUGGCUCCGGCCUGGCCAAGGGGCUCCCCAGCCCCCAGGGGCAGAGGUGAUCCCCGCUCCCCGCCCUCGCCGCCCUCCCCGGAGGAGCUGCCGGCCAACGUGAAGCAGGCCUACCGGGCCUUCGCCGCGGUGCCCGCCGCGCACGCUCCCGAGGCCGGCGCUGCUCAGCCCUCCGCAGCCUCCCCGGAGCAGCUGUCCUUCCGCGAGCGGCAGAAGUACUUUGAACUGGAGGUGCGGGUGCCCCAGGCCGAGGGUCCCCCCAAGCGCGUGUCCCUGGUGGGAGCGGACGACCUGCGGAAGAUGCAGGAGGAGGAAGCCCGCAAGCUGCAGCAGAAGAGGGCGCAGAUGCUGCGGGCCGAGGCUGCGGCUGGGGGCCCUGACGAGGGGCUCGCCCUGGACCCGGAGGCCGCGGAGGACCAGCCGCCGGAGGACCAGCCGCCCGGGGUCGGCCCGGGCCCUGCGGGCGGGCCCAGCCCAGCAUCCCCGCUGCCCCCGGGGGGCGGCGCCCCUGUGCGAACGGCCAAAGCCGAGCGGCGCCAUCAGGAGCGGCUGCGCAUGCAGAGUCCUGAGCUGCCAGCGCCAGAGCGGGCCCUGUCCCCGGCGGAGCGCCGGGCCCUGGAAGCAGAGAAGCGGGCGCUGUGGAGGGCGGCCAGGAUGAAGUCUUUGGAGCAAGACGCUCUGCGUGCGCAGAUGGUGCUCAGCAAAUCCCAGGAGGGCCGCAGCAAGCGAGGGCCCCUGGAGCGCCUGGCUGAGUCCCCUUCGCCGGCGCCCACCCCAUCGCCCACGCCCUUAGAAGAUCUCGGCCUCCAGACCGGUGCCACCCCCGGACGCCUGCCCUUGUCUGGAAAGAAGUUUGACUACAGGGCGUUUGCAGCCCUCCCUUCUUCCAGACCUGUCUGUGACAUCCAGUCGCCAGAUUUUGUUGAGGAUCUGAGGUCUUUGGAACCAACUCCUAGCCCUGGCCCACAGGAGGAGGAUGGAGAGGUGGCCCUGGUGCUCCUAGGCAGGCCCUCCCCCAGUGCUGUGGGCCCCGAAGACAUGACGCUGUGCAGCAGCCGACGUCCCAUGCGGCCUGGGCGCCGGGGUCUGGGUCCUGUGCCCUCCUAGGGGGGCAGGGCCUCCCCGGACUUGGGGUGGGGGCCCUGCCAGCUCCAGCGCUACCCUUGCCCCAAGCCUUUUAACCUGGGUGUUAGAUUUUGAAGAGCUCCUUGGAGCCUGGCUGUGACUGACUGCCCCGCCCCAGGCCGGGUUCUCUUGGCGAGACUGUAACUAGUGAUGUUUGUACAACCAAAGACUCUAUUUUGUGGUUUAAGGAGAAUAAAAUUGACUAC